AUGCCCCACAAUGGCACGGGUGACGGCAAGCCCAAGGACGUGGCCUCCAGGUCCGUGGGGCUCUUCUUCAUGCUGCUCAUCAACCUGACGGCCCUGGUGGGCAACGCGGCCGUCAUGAGCGUCAUCGUGAAGACGCCGGCGCUGCGCAAGUUCGUCUUCGUCUUCCACCUGUGCCUGGUGGACUUCCUGGCCGCCCUCACCCUCAUGCCGCUGGAGAUGCUCUCCGGCUCGGCCGUCUUCGACAGCCCCGUGCUCGGCGAGGCCAUGUGCCGCGUCUACCUGUUCCUCAGCGUCUGCUUCGUCAGCAUGUGCAUCCUCUCCAUCUCCACCAUCAACGUGGAGCGCUACUACUACGUGGUGCACCCCAUGCGCUACGAGGUGAAGAUGACGGUGGGGCUGGUGGCCUGYGUGCUGGUGGGCGUCUGGCUCAAGGCCGUGGCCACCUCGCUGGUGCCCGUGCUGGGCUGGCUCUCGCCGGAGCGGCCGCCRGCGCCCGCGGGCCGGCGCUGCUCCUUGCAAUGGAGCCGCGGGCCCUACUGCAAGUUCUUCGUGGUCUUCUUCGCCGCCUUCUACUUCCUCCUGCCCCUGCUCAUCAUYGUCGUGGUCUACUGCAGCAUGUUCAAGGUGGCGCGCGUGGCCGCCAUGCACCGCGGCCCGCCGCCCACGUGGCUGGAGACGCCGCGCCGGCGCUCCGAGUCGCUCAGCAGCCGCUCCACCAUGGUGACGGGCUCGGGGGCGCCGCGCGGCACGCCGCAGCGCGCCGGCGGCAAGGCGGCCGCCAUCCUGCUCGCCGUGGGCGGCCAGUUCCUCUUCUGCUGGCUGCCCUACUUCUCCUUCCACGUGUACGCGGCGCUGAGCCCCCAGGCGCCGGCCGGGCGCCACGCCGAGACCGUCGUCACCUGGCUGGGCUACCUGUGCUUCACCUCCAACCCCUUCUUCUACGGCUGCCUCAACCGGCAGAUCCGCGGCGAGCUCGGCCGCCUCCUCACGUGCUUCUUCAAGCAGGCGGCGGGCGACGAGCCGCGGCUGCCGAGCCGCGAGGGCUCCAUCGAGGAGAACUUCCUGCAGUUCCUGCAGGGCACCGGCUGCCCCGCCGAGCCACCGCCGGGGCCCGGCAGCCCCAAGCGCGACCAGCCGCCCGUGGACUUCCGCAUCCCGGGCCAGGUGGCCGAGGAGGCGGCCGAGGCGGCCGAGCCGCGGCGCGGUGGUGGUGGCGGUGGCGGCUACGUGGCCGCCGCGGCCAAAGCGGAGCUGUAA